AUGAUUGAGAAACUCCGAAAACAGGAAAAACAUCUAGAGGAAACAAGAGAGCAAAUCCAGUCUGGAAACAGGUGCAGCUUUCACCCCACAGAGGAAGUCAAGCUCUGCUGUAAACAGUGUAACAUGCCAGUUUGUAGUGAGUGUUGUGAAGAAGGCCAUGAUGGACAUCCGACCACAGGCCUUAAAAAGGCUACACAGGAAAGAAGAUUGACAGUCCAGGCCUUGAUUAAUGAGGGGACGAACAUCAUGGAAAAUUACUUAAGCUUCCUCAAAGGUCUGGGGGAAAAAGAGACAACCCUGAAUGAAAAGAAACAGCAGACAGACAACAGCAUCAUUCAGGCUUACAACCAAAUGGUGCAGAAACUCACAGAGAGAAAAGACCACCUCUUGUCUAAAUCGGGGGAAAACCACAUGGAAAACCUGGACAGAAUACAGACUGAAAGAGACAGAGUAUUGGCAGAUGUCAAUGAACUGUCAGCUGCCUGUGAUCAAGCAGAGCAAGAACUGCAGCAGGGAUGGGUCGAGAUUCUCAGUCAGCAAACUGCUUUGACAGAGGUGGUAGGAAAGUACAGAGAAAAAGCAGCACCGACUCCUGUACAAACCCAGCCUGCUGUCUUUCAGCCCACAGACACCCCAGUGCCUGUAUUGGGACAUGUGAGGGUCCAGUCUCUCCCAUCUGCAUCAAUCCCAGCAGUACCUGCACCAAUCACGGCAGAACCUGCACCAAUCACAGCAGAACCUGCACCAAUCACAGUAGAACCUGCACCAAUCACAGCAGAACCUGCACCAAUCACAGCAGCACCUGCAUCUAGUAAUGAUGCAGCAAGGGGCACAGGUCAUCACCAUGGUAACCAAACACAUCAGCCACAGAAAGUAACAUUUGGUGAAAGUGGAUCAGGAACAGGACAGUUUUCGUAUCCAGUUGGUGUUACUGUGUCAGAUGAAGGGGAGAUCUUUGUGGCAGACAGGGAGAACCAGAGAAUCCAAGUCUUCACCCUGCAAGGAACAUUUGUGAGACAGUUCUCGACAGUCGUGUCAGGUCAUCAUCAUCAUAUCUUGCCGCUCCAAGUCCCAAUCCAACAGCGGGCCACGUCGUUGGCCGCCCUCAGAUCACUGUCAGGUGAGAAGAAAAUAUACCCAGAUGAUGUGGCCAUGGAUGGAGAGGGGAACCUGUGGGUGGUGGGGAGGACACGCUUUGCUGCUUAUUUUGCUGUGCAGUACAACAAACUGGGUGAGGAGCUGAGGAAGUUUGCUCUACAGAAAACAGGGUGGUACAAAGGAGUUGCCGUGGACACCAGGAGGAACCACAUCCUCAUCACACAAGCCACAGGAGACGGGGAAAACAAUUUAGUUUUGGUGUUCAAGCCAGAUGGGACACUUGUGAGAACUGUGGGUCAGCAGCAGGGGACGAUGCAUCCAUGUUAUAUCACUGUGGAUGGGGAAGGGAACAUUCUUGUUUCAGACAUGAGAAAUAACUGUGUCUUUGUGUACAACAAGGACGGACAGUUUCUGUUCCAACAUGAGGAAGCCAUGGGCUGUUACCAUGGCAACACAGAGACAGCUGGUCGUUACCAAUAG